AUGGUGAAGAAUGUGGAUGACCUGGACUUCCAGCUGCCCUCACAUGCCCAGGACAUGCUGGAUGGCCUGCGGCGGCUACGUUCCCUGCCCAAGCUGGCCGACGUCACGCUGCUGGUAGGUGGCAGGGAGCUGCCCUGCCACCGAGGCCUCCUGGCACUGAGCAGCCCCUACUUCCAUGCCAUGUUUGCUGGUGACUUUGCCGAGAGCUUCUCCGCACGUGUGGAGCUACAGGACGUGGAGCCAGCCGCGGUGGGGCAGCUGGUGGACUUUGUGUACACAGGCCGGCUGACCGUCACACAAGCCAAUGUGGAGGCGCUGACACGUACAGCCUCACGCCUCCACUUCCCUGCUGUGCAGAAGGUCUGCGGCCGCUACCUCCAGCAACAGCUGGAUGCCACCAACUGCCUGGGCAUCUGUGAGUUUGGUGAGCAGCAGGGGCUGCUGGGUGUGGCAGCCAAAGCCUGGGCCUUCCUGCGGGAGAACUUUGAGGCGGUGGUACAGGAGGACGAGUUCUUGCAGCUUCCCCGAGACCGGCUGGCCACCUGUCUGGCCAGUGACCUGCUGCAGGCGCAGCCAGAGCAGAGCCGGCUGGAAGCCCUGCUGCGCUGGGUGCGCUACGACCCCCAGGCCCGGGCUGCCCACCUUCCUGAGCUGCUCAGCCUGGUGCAUCUGGAUGCUGUGCCCAGGCCCUGCAUGCAGCAGCUGCUGGCCACAGAGCCACUGAUUCAGGAGUCAGAAGCAUGCCAGGAGGCCCUGUCCCAGGGCCACAGUGGGGAGCUGCCCAGCCUCGCACAGAAGCUGCAGGAGGUACUCGUGGUAGUGGGUGGGCGGGCGCUGGAGGAAGAUGAGGAGGUUGUCGAGGAGCCCACCCCUAACCCCGGAAACUUCACGUUCUACAACCCCAAGGCCAGGCGCUGGAUGGCACUCCCAGAUUUCCCUGAUUACCACAAGUGGGGCUUCUCCCUGGCAGCACUCAACAAUGAUAUCUAUGUCACAGGUGGCUCACGUGGCACCAAGACAGACACCUGGUCAACCACCCAGGCCUGGUGCUUCCCGCUGAAGGAAGCUGUCUGGAAGCCGGUGGCACCCAUGCUGAAGGCCCGCACGAACCACGCCAGCUCAGCGCUCAACGGGGAGCUCUAUGCCAUCGGUGGCACCACCCUGGAUGUGGUAGAGGUCGAGCGCUAUGACCCGUACACGAACGGCUGGACGCCUGUCAGCCCAGCCCUCAAGUAUGUCAGCAACUUCUCUGCCGCCGGCUGCCAGGGCCGGCUCUACCUGGUGGGCUCCAGUGCCUGCAAGUACAACGCAUUGGCCUUACAGUGCUACAACCCCAUCACAGAUACAUGGAGUGUGAUCGCCUCCCCCUUCCUGCCCAAGUACCUAUCGUCACCACGCUGCGCUGCUCUGCACGGUGCGCUCUACCUCAUCGGUGACAACACCAAAAAGGUGUACGUGUAUGACCCGGGAGCCAACCUGUGGCAGAAGGUGCAGUCUCAACAUAGCCUGCAUGAGAAUGGCGCGUUGGUACCAUUGGGCGACGCACUGUAUGUGACGGGUGGCCGCUGGCAGGGCAUGGACGGUGACUACCACGUGGAGAUGGAAGCCUAUGACACUGUGCAGGACGCCUGGGCCCGCCAUGGUGCCCUGCCCCGCCUCUGGCUCUACCACGGGGCCUCUACUAUCUUCCUGGAUGUCUCCAAGUGGACACAGCCCUUCAGCCCUCACACCUCCCAGGAGCGCUAG